AUGGAAAACUCAAAUGAUGUAAGUAAGGAAGAGGUUAUGAAUACCUGUCAAAUUACUGAGUCGGUGGUCAUAAUUGAUGAACAGAAAAUAGGCUACUGCACAUAUGGUCAUGGAAAGUAUAGAAUGAUGUUUAUUUGUGGUGGAGUUGGUUGCUAUAAGAAGGAUUUUCCAGAAAAAGUACUGAAAGCUUUCAGUUCUGAUAAAUACACAAUCGUUUGCAUAGAUCCACCUGGCUAUGGCACCAGUCGUCCACCUGACAGGCAGCAAGAAAUAAAUCGUUGCAUGAAAGAUGCAUCAUUUUGUUUGAAACUUAUGAAGCAUUUAAAUUUGACACCAUUCUCAGUACUUGGAUGGAGUGAAGGAGCUCGAACUGCUAUCCAUGUUGCUGGACAAGGUAAAAAUCUUGUAAACAGUAUGGUCUUAUUAGCUGCGGGCACUCGUAUUGACUUACGAGGAUGUCGAGUUUUUCGAGGAAUGCGCAACACUGAGCAGUGGAUGCCAGAUGCUGUAGAAGUAUAUUUACAACACUAUCCUAAAGAAUUUGUUACUAAGCAGUGGGCUGAUUUGUGUGACGUCGUUCAGCAAGUUUACGAAUCAUUAGGCGGACGUUUUCCAUCGGAUUAUGUACUACCUAGUUUAAAAAUACCUGUGCUUGUUCUGAUCGGUGGCAUGGACAGAUUUUGUGUUGAUCCUAGCUAUUUUACAACUGUACUUUCUAACUGCAAAAUUCAAAAACACUCGUUAGGUGGUCAUGAUUUUCAUCUCAAAUAUCCACGCUGGUUUGCGGAUAAUGUUGCGGCAUUUCUUACAGAUCCCAAAAAUGAACUCUUUACUACAAAUUUUCAAUGA